AUGUGGGAAAAGGUUUAGUUCAACAUUUACCGGGAUGCGAAUAGUUGUUUAAUUUUUGAAAAGUUGUUUAAUUUUAGAACAUAGUUGUUUAAUAAUAAUAAAAAAAAAAUAGAAACGUUAAUAAUUAAAUCUAAUUAUGAGUAGAAAAGAUUUAGAAAUAGUAAAAAUAGAAGAAAUAUCAGGAUACAGAUCUAAUUCUAGCGUAAAUGAAUUUCGGGAUGAUAUAUCGUCAUCCGAAGAAAGUAAAGAUGGAGAGUACAGUGUUGGUGGGGACUACAGCUCUAGAGACAGCAUUGGGUCAGCUGUACUACAAGAUGGUGUUGAGUUUGCACCUGGUGACCCCGACAGAGGAAGCUGGUCUGGAAAGUUUGAUUUCCUUAUGUCGUGUGUUGGUUACGCUGUUGGGCUGGGGAAUGUAUGGAGGUUCCCAUACUUGUGUUAUAAAAAUGGAGGAGGUGCCUUUCUCAUCCCAUAUACUUUAAUGUUGAUUGGUGUUGGCCUGCCACUGUUUUUUAUGGAACUAGCCUUUGGUCAGUUUGCUAGUCUCGGACCUAUAACCAUAUGGAGAAUCAAUCCAUUAUUUAAAGGUCUAGGCUACGCCAUGGUUAUAGUAUCUUGGCUCAUCAGUCUCUACUACAAUGUUGUCAUUGCUCAAAUUUUGUUUUACCUGUUUGCGUCUUUUACGGAUGCUCUGCCAUGGACGUCAUGUGGAAACAGCUGGAACACAGACGCCUGCCUGGUUCAUGAUCUCAAUCAAACGUUUAUCAACGAAACGAAAAAUUCUACGGGUGUCAAUUUUAAUUUAACUAGUUUUAAUAGUACUGCUUCAUCACUCCAUAAAGUUUCCAAUACACCUGCUGAAGAGUAUUAUAGAUAUUAUGUGCUGCAACAGUCAGAAAGCAUUGAAGAGCUUGGUUCAAUCAACUGGAAACUGGCUGGCUGCUUAUGUUUUGCGUGGGUGAUUGUUGGGGCUGCUUUAAUUAAAGGUGUUCAGUCUCUGGGCAAGGUUGUGUACUUCACUGCACUUUUCCCGUAUAUCAUGUUGACUGUCUUGCUGGUGAGAGGGUUAACACUAGAUGGCGCUACAGAUGGAAUUAUUUACUACUUAAAACCAGAUUUCCAAAAACUUGCUGAUCCUAGGGUAUGGAAUGAUGCAGCGACUCAGAUUUUCUACUCACUCAGCGCAUGCUCAGGAGGUCUCAUUGCCAUGAGCAGUUUUAACAAAUUCACCAACAACUGUCAUCGUGAUGCCAUAUUAGUUGCUGUCAUCAACUGUUCCACCUCCAUUUUUGCUGGUUUUGUCAUAUUCUCUAUCCUUGGUUUCAUGGCUCAUGAAAAAGGAGUAGAUGUUGCAGAUGUUGCUAAAGGAGGCCCUGGUUUAGUUUUUGAGGUUUACCCGGAAGCUCUGUCUCGUAUGGUAGUUGCGCCCAUGUGGUCAAUUUUUUUCUUUAUCAUGAUGGCCACCCUCGGCUUUGGAUCACAGUUUUCAAUAGUGGAGUGUGUGAUUAGUGCUGCUCUAGAUGAGUUUGUCUGGCUAAAGAAAACAGCUCUUAGGGCUUCAGGGUUUCGAGUGUUCAUGAUAAUACUGGCUCUGUUACUUGGACUACCCCUAGUCUGUAGUGGUGGCAUGCAGCUGCUUACUCUGGUUGACUCCAGUGUGAGUGGUUUCCCUUUGCUGUUUGUUGGUUUGAUUGAAUGUGUUGCCAUCAACUGGGUCUAUGGUUUCAACAACUUCUGGAGUGAUAUUCAAAUGAUGGUUGGUAAAAAGUCUAAAAUUUAUUGGAAGGUGACUUGGUUAGUUGUCUCCCCUAUUGUUCUACUUUUGACGAUACUAGUGAACAUCAUAUUCUACACGGAGCCAAGCUACAAUGGCCAACUCUACCCUGCCUGGGCACAGUCACUUGGUUGGUUGAUCUGUGCCUUCCCUCUUUCGGCCAUUGCUGCUUGGUUCUUGUACUACUACUGCAAAAAUGGGGGAUUGGAGCUGCUGAAAAUGCACAGUAAACCACUACCUCAGUGGGGCCCAGCAUUGGCUGACAACAGAACAGAAAACUACUCCGCCGAGAUCCAGAGCCAGAAAAAUAUUGCCACCUUGCAGAAUUAUCUAGGUAACCACAAUGACCGGAGCCAGGUACACCUGGGGCAGUUUGUCAAGCUGCUGGCAUCCAGUUCAUCCACCAUCAACACAAUCAUGACCCAGUCGACUGAAGCCGGAUCUUUUUUGCAUAGGAGCUCCACAGUCAGUAGCAUGAACCAGGAGAGCUAGUAAAUGAAGUUUUUUGGUACAUUCCUUAUUCACUUCAUUUUUUAAUUUUAUCUUCCAAACCAUUGUUGAGCGGAUAUUAUUUAAACUAAACAUUAUUUUCGGAGCUUUGUUUUAUAAAUUAUAUUUUAGUGGCUCAUACAUUUUAAUAAACUUUUUUUUUUCCUUUCAUAAUUUAUAAAGUACAGCACUUGUUACAAUUGUGCUGUCUUAAUAUUGUAAAAAUAAUAGGAUUUUUAAAGACAGUUUAUAUCUGUAAAACAAGUUAGUAUGUUCUAAGGAUUUAACAUAUUGGAUAAUUGAUAGUUCAAAAGUUAAUAAUACAUUUAUAUAUAGUGUGUGAUAUACACACAAAAAGUGAAGUGUUGAUGGUGUUUUUGUGCAUUACAGUUAAUUGUCCAUACAGUUCAGUAUUAUGAAAAUAAUAAUAUUGUCUAUUAAGUCCUAUCUUAUGAGACCUUUAUAAUUUUAGGAAAAUGUAAUGAGUUUAGAGUAUUAAUUAUAUUUGACAUUUUCAAAAUCGUUGAAAGAUCUUCACUGUUAUCUAAAAACCACUGUUUGAAAUAAAGUAUCUAAGGGAAACUACUUUUAACAUCAGUCAUGCUUUUGUAACUUGCAAUCAAUAAAAUUUUUGGAAAUUUGUUUUCAAAUGUGACAAUUUAUGAUAAAGUGUAAAUGGAAAAAACUUUCAAUACACUUGAGUCUACUCAAAACCUACAAUUAUAAAUUUAUUCUUGGAAUCUUUUUCAAGUUAGUUUCUAAGCUUAAAUUUUUGACAAAGUUUUAUUAUCCUGUUCAUUAACUUCACAUUUUUCUAUAAAGCUCAUUUACAGCUUUAUGCUUUAUUGAAAACUCAUGUAAUGUGCUAACCAUUAAAUUGUUUCAUGUGUCAAAAUUUAAAUCCCAGUAUGUGACUUUGUUAAAUGUAGGCUAUAUGUUAGAUGUUGUCCAUUUCAUUUGUAUUUGACUAGUGGCUAGGUCCCCAUCAUUGUCUCUGCUAAAUGUUGCUUUAACAAGGCUUAUUUUGAAAUGUAUAAAAAAUAAGUGCUUUCAAAAUCCUGCCAAAAAAUUAAUUUAUUUUAUUGCAUUAUACACAUGGCAUUAUAUGUACAUAGUAAUUGUAUGAUAAUCAUAUGAUGAUUCCCGAUUACUAGUCCAUGUUUAGAUAUUAAUAGUUGAAUUUCUGUACUUGUAAAGUUUUGGUUCUUUAAUCUUCAGGAUAUAUUUACAAUGUGUACAAUAAAAUUUAUGGUAGCCUAUUGAAUAGCAGGAUGCCAUUGUUUAUGUCGCAAUUACACAUGAAAACCAAAUUGUUUUUGCUUUUUUUCUAGAUUUUUAUUUAGUAACCGAAAAUAUUAAAAACAUCAAAUACAUCCAAUCUUUAGUAAAGUCCAAAAUAAAACCUGACAGACAAGUCUAUUAGGAAAAAAGAAUGGAUUUAUAAAAAAUAAACAAAUAGGCCUAAAU